AUUCAAAGUUGGUUAGGCCACAAUAUAAUUUGGUUACACUUGAUACCUUGUAUGUUAGACUUGAGAAAUGAAAAGGAUAUGACAACAUAGGUGAGAAUUGAUCACUCACACAAUCGAUUUGCCUCCAAUCUAGCCCGAAUGUGAUGAGAUAACUCAACUGAAUAAAUGUUGGCCAUGCUUGUACUCUAUACAGGACUUGCAUAGAGUUACAAGCUAGGUGGGAUAUGUUUAUUCCAGGAGAGUUAUGUAUCAUCACAUAAUUACUUGAUUUUAAAGUUGCGUUGAUCAUGCUUCUAAUCAAAAUGGGACGCGAUAUGGGAUUUGAUAAUGUGCUCUUCCCAAUGCACAAUGCCUAUGUGUUUCAAGGUAUGAGUUUUGUUGGGGGACAUAUAGUGAGUGGCCCAAGCAAGGAACUAAGAAGUAGGCUUGGGCCCGGAGUGUGGGCCUGGGCCGAGAAAAGGGCUAAAGGCCAUGGCCCAGGUGGUGGAACCGGGUCUGAAACAGGGUGCAUAACGACAAAAGGGGAAGUAACGGCCAGGGACGUACGGAGGGGACAAGAGGUGGGGCCAUGCGCCUUCGGGGUCAAGAUUGGUGUCAGAAUGGCAGGGCGUCUGGGGAAAGGAAGGUACAGUGCAUUUAAUGAGGUGAUGACGUGGGGCGGAUUUGGGGGGCACUGGUCGGCCCUACCCCGAGUAUAAAUAGUGAAGUGGGUGGAGCUCAUUUACUCAGGUUCCAACUUCUCUCUAAACUUACAUGGUACUUCUCUCUCUAGAAAGAUCGACUUGACUUGGGCGUCGGAGUGCUAACGAACCCCAGCCAAGGGGUUCGCUGGGCGCCGUGGUGUGCAGGUGACGGACGUGAAGCCAAGGCGCAGAGGGAGCCCUAAGAGCGAGGGAGCUAUCCGAGGCGGGGGGAGUACGUGGCACAAACAAUUGGCGCGCCAGGAAGGGGACUAUAGCCUUGGCAAAGCGGCACAAGUAUGGAGGAGGCAUCGGAGACAGCGGACGAGAGGAGCCACGCCCCAAACGAGGCUGGUUCGGAAGGAGCACCUCAUGCCUCUGAGGAGGCGCAAUGGGAGGAAGAUGAGGCGCAGGUGAUGGGUCAGUCGGAGGGCGACACGCUGACCAAGGAACACUUGAUCAGCAUCAUAGAGGAGCAGGCUAAGGCGCUUGAAGCUCUGAGGAAGGAAGUGGAAGUCCUGAGGAAGGGAGGGGACGUCGCGCCUCCCUGCGGCGGAAGGAAGAGGGACAUGGACGAGGAAGAAGACGGAAUGACAAGCGCGUUAAGGUGUACGGAGGACGCGGGCCACCAAAUUCGGCGUGAGGCGCCAGACCUCGAGGAGCGCAAUGCAUGGGCGCCAAGGCGCCUGGGGCGUCUGUGGGGAGUGAGGCAGCCUUUGGCGCGAAGUGUUCUAGCAGAGCAGGCCAACUCGGUCAUACCGGCGCUUCCCAGUUACGACGGUACAUCCGACCCGGAGGAUCACCUGAACAAUUACUUCACCAAGAUGCAACUGUACAACAGCUCGGAUGCCACGCUCUGCCGCGCCUUCCCAUCGACCUUUGUCGGCGUGGUGCUGGACUGGUAUCACCAGAUUGAAGAAGGGAGGAUCGACAGCUUUGAACAAUUCGCGGCCAUGUUUCUCUCAAAGUUUGCCAGCCGGAAGCGUCGGAGCCUAACGAUCAGCGCGUUGUUCAAGGUCCGGCAGAGAAAAGGCGAGGCGCUCCGGGACUUCUACGAGCGAUGGAUGUCAGUUGCGAUGGCAGUCAAGGAUGUUAAGCCACCGGUCCUGGGGUGUUGCUUGGACGAGUGCACCAACAGCGAAGAACUUUGUCGAGCGCUUUCGAAGCGCGACGUGGUGUCCACGGAAGACUUGGAUCGCCGGGUGCAGAAGGUCAUAAUGUUGGAGGAGACGUUGGCCGCAAGGAGAUUGGAGCAAAGAGAGACGCGCCCUGACGAGGCGGAAGCAGCCCGGACGCCCCGACCGACUCCUGCCAUGCAAGGCGCGCAGGGCUACCCCCAGAAGGCUCGCCGGCCCGAGCCUUCACGCUUUCCCCCCAGGAGCGCCACAAACUUCACCGAACUCAACGAUACUCUGAGGAACGUGCUGCAAUACGCGAGAGACAAAUGAUAUCACCUUCGCUGGCCGGGU